AGGAGGAGGAGGAGGUCGCCGCCGCCGCCCUCCCUCCGUCCGUCCGUCCGUCCCCUCGCCGGCUCCGCCAUGGUGACGGUCCCGGAGCUGCUGGCCCUGCUGUCCGCCCUGACCGCCGCCGCCUCCGGCUACUUCGUCAGCAUCGACGCGCACGCGGAGGAGUGCUUCUUCGAGCGGGUCACCUCGGGCACCAAGAUGGGGCUCAUCUUCGAGGUGGCCGAGGGCGGCUUCCUCGAUAUCGACGUGGAGAUUACAGGACCUGAUAAUAAAGGAAUUUACAAAGGAGACCGGGAGUCCAGUGGGAAAUACACGUUUGCUGCUCACAUGGAUGGAACUUACAAGUUUUGUUUUAGCAACAGAAUGUCCACCAUGACUCCAAAGAUAGUGAUGUUCACUAUUGAUAUUGGAGAAGCUCCAAAGGGCCAAGAUAUGGAAACAGAAGGUGGUGGAGAUACCUGGGAUGCGCACCAGAACAAACUAGAAGAGAUGAUUAACGAGCUAGCUGUGGCCAUGACAGCUGUGAAGCAUGAACAGGAGUACAUGGAAGUUCGUGAGCGAAUACAUAGAGCGAUCAAUGACAACACAAACAGCAGAGUGGUCCUCUGGUCGUUUUUUGAAGCUCUUGUACUAGUUGCCAUGACAUUGGGACAGAUCUACUACCUGAAGAGAUUUUUUGAAGUCCGGCGGGUGGUUUAAAGGCCUUUCCUGAUGAUCCCAAACACAAAAUUCACUGUUUACCAAACAACUUGGUCACCACAAUGUCACUUAGCUUCUAAGCUUUUGUUUUCUGAACUCUGUACACUCAUUGUUAAUAUUUCCUCUUGAUAAAUAUGUUUUUUUGGGGGGAAAAAAAGGUAAAACAUUCUGUAGCAAAGACUGUCCUGAAAACAUUGACAUUUGAUUGGCGUUUUGUCAUUUUAAAUCUGCCUCCACCACGCAGGUCCUUCUAGAGCUCAAAUACUGUAAAUGGAAUGUAGUAACAUAGUAACUUUUUUUUGGCCUCGAUUUUUCUCUUUCCUGUUUUCAUAAUCCAGUGCAAUUCCUUGAAGACGACAGCACAAGGCCUGAUGGUACUUUACUAAAAUUGCUGUAUAUGUUCUCUGGAUCUCUAACCCUGCUGUACAGGUUGUAAAAAUGUUGCAUUUGGCUGGUGGUUUGGGGGUGGGGUCUCUUUUGUUUUGCUUUGUUUUCAGGAACGCAGAUAACUUAAAUCCUGCCCCUCGAAUAACAGGGCAGGAGGCAUCCGACUUUUCAGGAUGAUGCCGUAACUGGGAACUUGUGUUCCUAUUUCUGGUUUUAAUUAAGAAACAAAGACACGUACCCAACAGACUACUCUCCUAACAAGAUUUAAGCGUUCGUUACAUUGGACCCUUGGGCUUUUUAAGUAUGUGCCGAAUAAAUGAAUUUUCUGUCCGGUGUAGCAGGCCGGUAACCCACGCGGCUCUGGGGUCCGCUCCAUUUGUUGUAACAAUAUACAUUAAAGCCAGUUGCGUGCAACGUGUUGGCUCAGCGGAUGAUGGCUAUUAAAUUCCUCUGCGCUGGCCCGCCCGGCGUUUGCCCCCUCUUGCCCCCCACCUUCACCUCCCCGCCGCCCAAAACCAUUGGCACUAUUGAAGUGUAACUGGGGAAAGCUGGAUUCCUGAUGCCAAAGGGUUAAAGGCUCCCGAGUGUUAUCGCAAUGUUAUACAGCCACUAUUUUAUUUUUAGUAUUGGCAUUUUGGGCCAUUGUCUAGAGAGUACUGAGCAUAAUUCUCAGUGGUAGUUGGUUUUGGUUUCGUUUUUUUCUUGUUUUAGGCACAUGUGAACUUCCUUCCGUAUGAAACGCCUUUUUCGCUCUUGGUCUGGGACGAUGGGUUUAAAAUUUGAAAAGCAUCUGUUUAUGGUGUGGGGCUGAUUCAGGAUUACGCUGGGACUGAUAGAUAUUAGUUACUUGUCCUUUUUUUGAUCUUCUCAAGGGGGAAAACUACAAGUAACGAGUUUUGUACUCUAUUAAUUUAAAAUUUGUUACAGGUUUUCAUGUCGGGAGUAAAAAAUUUUUCAACCUUAGGCAAAUUCUUGCAACAGUUGACCAGUAAGGUGAGUGUUUCACCUUAGGGCAGUUGUUACCGACUCUUCUGUGUGAAACAGUUCAAAAUUGGACUCAAAGAUGUAAAUGAAAAUUGGUUGUCUAAAUAUGACCCAGGUUCGGUAAAUAAACAAUUCUUUAAUAAAAAGGA